AUGGGAACGACAGGAAAUCACGAAACCUGUGAACAUGUUUCACUCACUGCCAAAUUAUAUUUCUAUUGCAAGAAUUUUGAUGGCUGUGAAAGAAUCAAGCAAGCUAUUGGACAAGUGGAAGUGUCCAUCGUUGAUGACUCUUCACAUCAAAAAGUUCAUGUCCAUUCUCUAUGGUGUGACCAUUUAGAAAAAGACACGGAAUUGGAAGACAUGUAUAUCGCCACAUUGAGUAUUGGAUCCAUUCGAAAUUUGAAAUUAUGGUAUCUCAAUGGCUAUGGCAAUCAACCACUAUAUCAUUUCAAAGUGGCCAUCCAUAAUGAACCCUUUAACCAAGAAAAGCAGAUUUUAUUUGGAGUAAGAAAAAUUGAACUCGAAAGACGAAUAUGGUCACAAAUUCCAAUUCAAAGUGAAUCAUCGUGCGAUUUACUGCAAAGGCAGUAA